UUUCUUUCCAGUAGUGUGAGAAACAAAAUGAGACAGAUAUUUUAUCUGAUCAUUUUUCAGAAUGUUAUUUUUUUUAACAUCGCAGCAGAAAAUGGAUUAGAGUCGCCCUCGUCGCCCUCGUCGACCAUUGACUACUUGUUGCGUGGGGAUUUUGGAGAAGGCGCAAAUACACGUAGUAUAUCAGGAUCAGCCCUCAACAUCGGCAUUGGUAUUGGCUGCGCAGUAGUUGUUCUAGUCUUUGUAACCAUUGGUGUCAUUUUAGUUAUUAAGAAAAGAAGACGAGAAAGCCCACCACGCGAAACACUCGAAGAAGUCCCCCGUGUCAAGGCCAACAUGAAGGACUUCCAGAACCCACUUUACAACAUGGAAGGCUUGGACGAUGGAAAUACAUGUACAGUGAAAAGGGACAUCACUUUUCAGACAUUCCGCCCAGAUGUUGUUUGAAGAGUUUGCAACACCAAAACAGCCCAAACACAAUUGCGAGUUUAGGAAAACGACACGCAAUGUUUACGAUAACAAUAGUUCCGGAUAAAAUGCUGAUAAAGAAAUUGUGUUAUCAUUUCUCUAACGUUUCCUGACGCUCUCUUUAACUCUAGUCUACUUUAAUAAGGGCGUGACCCAAGGCCGUUGCGGGGGGGGGGUGCAAACGUAUUUUUCAUGUACAUUUUGGCCAAACUUUCAGACUGACGAAGGACAAAAGAUCAAAUUGCUGGCGCUACGUAGGCCUACGGGCCUGUGACCUAUGAAAUGGUGCUUGGUUUUGCCUUAAUCAUCUUAGACUCAUCAUUUGCAGACACAUACAUGUAAUUCAUUUAUUGAAAAUCUCUUAACUUAACAUAUCAGAUAAAAUAAGUGCAAUAGAGAACUGGUGUAUAUGCGCCUUAUGUAUUUAAAAUAUACUACAAAUGUACAACUGCUCUAUCAUUCAACCAUCGCUCAAGGCUUUUACGAAGGUUCAAAGGAGAGAUUUAGGAGUAUUUUACAUGCAGAUUGGAACAACUUUUCCCGCUGUACCUGAUUAUAUUUAAAGAUUGACACAUGAAACUAUUUUAAAUAUUGGUUAUAACAAUUAGAGCGGCUGCGGUGAUAAGGUGUCUCGGGAAGAUGUUGAUGCCUCCGAUAGGAGAAAUCGGGAAUAAACACGAAGUUACCUUGAUGAGCCAACUCCAUAGUACAGUUUAAAGUGUCAGUAGACAGCCUUUUAUUCAGUCUCUGCAUGCAUGUACGUCUUAUCCAAAUCAAUCCAAUCCAAUAGUGAUAACCCCAAGCGUCGCAUUCGUAUCAAUGUCUAGGGGGAGAGUGGUGAAACAUCCAGUGCCGUACACGAUAAAAACAUGGUCGGUAAAAACAAUUAAAAAGUAGUCGGCGCAGGGUAAAAUGUUAUUCUAUUCCCUUGCCCAUAUUGGGAGGAAGCUCUGUCUGUGACUCGCUGUGUGGCAGUGGGAGGUGGAGUAUUGUUGACGACGUUGUUAUCUUGUUGUACUUGACAUUCUCCUCCUAUGGCAGUUAGGCUGUUGACUGCCUAAUACAUUAGGGUUAGUCUUGCUUAUACAGGUCUAGUUUCAGUGGUGCUAUCGUUCAUUUUGGCGCCACAUUGUUUUUUGUCCUUGUUUAAAGUGUUGUCUUGUCAAUGAUGAUAUCAAACUUAUCUGCCUAACAUUGUACUCAUUGUGGCAUAUAUCAAUAUGUCAAUGAGUGAAAAUCAUCUAAAUUAAUGUCUCCACAUUUGUUUACACGAUUACAUUUUCAGUUGUGUAGGCCUACUCGAUAUUUUUGUAGGUAAUCAAUUAUAAUGCGUUUUUACACCAAUGAGAAUGUUAUAUGUAGAAUGAAUUUACCAUUCUUAUUACAUGUUCCAAUUGCACAAUUCUAUAGAUCUC